CCCGUCCCCCGGCGCGGGGUGUAUGACCGCGGCCGUGCGGCGAGCAGGGCAGGCGGCGGCCGGAGCGGGGUGUACCGGGAUACUUGUGAAAGAUGGUGGAUCGCUUGGCAAACAGUGAGGCAAAUACUAGAAGAAUAAGUAUAGUGGAAAACUGCUUUGGAGCAGCUGGUCAACCCCUGACUAUUCCUGGCCGUGUUCUGAUUGGAGAGGGAGUCCUAACAAAACUGUGUAGGAAGAAGCCCAAAGCAAGGCAGUUCUUCCUGUUCAAUGACAUUCUUGUUUAUGGUAACAUUGUCAUCCAGAAGAAGAAAUACAAUAAGCAGCACAUAAUCCCACUGGAAAACGUCACUAUUGAUUCCAUCCAGGAUGAGGGAGACUUACGGAAUGGGUGGCUUAUCAAGACGCCAACGAAGUCUUUUGCGGUUUAUGCUGCCACUGCUACAGAGAAGUCGGAAUGGAUGAACCACAUAAAUAAGUGUGUUUCUGAUUUGCUUUCCAAAAGUGGGAAGACCCCUAGCAAUGAACACGCAGCUGUGUGGGUACCGGACUCGGAAGCCACUGUGUGCAUGCGCUGUCAGAAAGCCAAGUUUACGCCCGUCAACCGUCGUCACCACUGCCGCAAGUGCGGCUUUGUUGUGUGCGGGCCCUGCUCGGAAAAGAGGUUUCUGCUCCCAAGCCAGUCUUCCAAGCCAGUGAGAAUCUGCGACUUCUGCUAUGAUCUUCUUUCUACUGGGGAGAUGACUGCUUGUCAGUCCUCUAGGUCAGACUCCUACAGCCAGUCACCUAAGUCAUCUCUAAAUGAUGUGUCUGAUGAUGAUGAUGAUGAAGACAGUAGCGAUUAAGGACCAAAUGUUUUUUCCAUGUGCUGCAAGUUGUAUUUCAAACCAUAUGGAGCUGCUUUUGGGGAAGUCUGUAGUGAGGUUCCUCAGAGAAAUCCUGUUCUAGCCAUGAAAUAUGCCUGAAUAUAUUCAACUGCAAUGUGCCUCAAUCUAUGAAUUCUCUAGACAAUAGUUGUUUUUUUCUCCUCUGCAGGGAUAGACUGGUGCAAAUGUUAUCAGAAUAUUUUCCAACUUCAUUUACUUGAGUUGUGUCUAAGUCUUGUGGAAGAUUGGAGAAUGAAAUGUACUUUCUUAAUUUAACAACCCAUACUUUCUAAUGUUUCACAUUGGUAUGUUAUGUGGGGUUUUUUUCACAUCUGGGGAGGAAGACUGUAAGCGUGCAUGGGAUGAUGUUGUUUUCAUUAAUCCUGUAGACCAUCUUAUUUUUCUAGCCAUGGUAUAUAAUUAAUUACAAGGUCAUCCAAUUUGCAAACCUAAAUGUCACAAAACAUGGGAACUCUUGUUUUGCAGUUAGUUAUGAUUUCCUAUGCCAAGCAGUGCCUUGUACCAAUUGUGCUGAUUCAGGAAGAAACAAACGUAUUUUUUGUCUGCAUUUGCCUAAAUGCUGGUGUCUGAAAGAUUGUUGGUGCUAUUGAAAAUAACUGCUGUGUUCAAAGUGGAGCUUUGACAAGGUCAUAACUGCACCCCAUGGUGGAUGAUGGAGACCCAAAUGGCAUGUCCUCACCUAUGCAGGCAGACUGAAGACUUCAGAUUCCCACAGGCUUUUCAGCAGCUUUCUCCUUGCAGAAGUUGUGCUGUGGGUUGGGAUCUUGAGAUGAGAAGCUUAGGGAGAUUCUUCUUGGGGAUUUAUAUAGUUUCUUUUCAGAACAGUUUCUAAGUUUCAAAUUUGGCAAAUGCAUACUGAAAUUUUACUUGGGUGACACAGCAUUUGGGUGUGCUAGCCUACACAUUUUUGGAAGUAAUUCCCAAAAAUGUCACAAAUUCUUUUUCUUAAAACACUGGUGAGAGUCUUGGGUUUUUUCUUCCCCCAGGAGUUUUAUUGGCUUGUUUAAAAAUAACCUCAUAUUUUGAACAAGAAGCCUGCAAGUAUCCUUAUAAAACGGGCUUUCCUUUUUACACAGCUGACCUCAGGAUAAAUGUAAGAUGCAAGUUAUUUCAUUUUAAAUGUAUACCCAGGACCAAGAAAAAUGUAUUUAAGGACUAUCAUGAAAUCGUCAGUGCAGAAAAUGUCACUAUCAUAGUGUUCAUUUUAAUUUCUUGAAUACAGAAGUGUCAUGUUCCCAUAUAAAUGCAAAAAUUACAUUUGCAAAGACAUGUUAAACCCCCAAAUACAUGUUUCUGUAUUUUUAUAAUGAUAACCUCAAUUUUGAAGCAGAAAAACCUCUUUGAAAUAGUUGUAUGAAUAUAGUAGCAACUGACUUUAUACAAAAAAUGUUAAACUUUUGUAUCUCUAAAUGACAAUUUCUGCACUGUUUGCCUUGGUUGGCAAUAAUUGGGUUAAAUAUUUAUUGAAUAAACAAUCAAUGCUG